AGUCAGAUCCCAACAACAGCAGCAACUCUAUUCAAUUUCCAACCCAGCAAAGUAGAUUCUUGCCACAAUGGAAAACCUCAAAGAGAGCGACGAAGAGACCAAGAUGGAACCUACCAGUACUACAUGUAGUAUUACUGGUAGUGAUUCGCCAUCAUCGUCAGAGGAGGAAAAGAAGGAAGCGGCGUCGCCUGGAAGAGACGAAACCAAGAAUGACGAUUCGACCCCUGUGGUCAACGAAUCUGUUGAAGAAGAGGACCAUGCCGAAAGUAACGGCGGGAACCACAGCAACGAGGAUGCCCCUGAGGCAGAGGCAGAGGAAGAAGUGGACGAUGACUACUUCAACAGUACCAGUUCGGCUCUCAGUGAAGAUCGAUGGGAGGAAAUGUAUCUGAGGCUUCUAGAAUUCAAGGAGAUUCAUGGUCACUGUCUAGUCCCCAAUCGCUACAAGGAGGAUCUGCAGCUUGGUGCAUGGGUUUCGGCUCAGCGAAAGAAUUACAAGCUGUUGGAAUCGAACAGCGGAAAGACGACUCCCAUGACCAUGCAGAGAGCCCAGCGUUUGAUGGAUGUUGGGUUUGAAUGGACGGCAAAGAAUCCUCGUCAUUUGAUGUGGGAAGUGAGGUUUGCCGAGCUCAGGGACUUCAAGCACAACUACGGACAUGCGCAGGUUCCGAUUGGCUGGGAGCAAAACGUUCAACUCGCGAACUGGGUCUCGACACAGCGUCAAGAAUACAAGAAUUUAAUCAAGGGAAAAACCUCGCGCUUAAAUGACAACCGUGUAAGCUUGCUCAAUUCCCUUGGUUUCGCGUGGGAGCUCCAGAGAGGUGGUCGUCGCCGUCGUCUUACCGUCGCCAACAAGGGAAACCAUCCCGGUGCCAGUGGCAAUCCUCCGAACCACCCGGCCAACAGGCGCAAGGCGGAACAGGCCGACGGACCCCCCGUCAAGAAGGCCAAGUUGCAAGCUGAGGAUUCCUUUGCCAUUGAUGAUGGCACUCCCAUGCGUCGUACUUCGACGGGCCGCAAGCGCACCACGCUCAAGAAGAAGGUGACGAGUGUGGACGGGUCCUCCAAGUGCAUCCUGCCAGGUGUCGCCAUUAUGGGCGGGGGACGAAAUGUUCCCACGCCUCGUCCCCAGAAGAAGAACAAUGAUGCUGCUGGCGGCAAUGACAAUGAUCGCUCGCAAGACGGGUCCCCAUCGAAUAACAAUAACGAUGGAAGUGGCGGGAAUAACAACGAUCGUCCCCCGUUCCAGCAGCAGCAGAUGAACCAGAACAACCAGAAUAACAUGCAGCAGAAUCAGAACAGCAUGCAGCAGUCGAACCAGAAUAACAUGCAGCAGAACAGCAUGCAGCAGCAGCAGAUGCAUCCCCAGCAGGCGUUCUCGAACGAGGCCAUCAUUCGCAUGUUGGGAGGCAACCCCAAUCCUUGGACGAUGCUGCCCCAUGGUGCUUACCAGCAGUUCGGUAUGGCUCAUCAGUUGAUGGGUCCUCAGGGCCCCAUGGGUCCGAACCCCUUCUUCCCCAUGGCUCCUGGUCCGUUUGGAAUGAGUCCUUUUGGUGCUCCUCCUGGGUUUGAUCCUUCCCAGCAGUACCAAAACAACAGCAAUAAUAACAACGGCAACAAUGGACCUUCGGACAACUGCAACAGCACCGGAGGCAUGUUCCAGCAGGGCAUGAACAACCAGAACAUGGGUUACGGUCGCAUGCAGCAACAGCAGGGCGGCUUUAACAACAAUGGUAACAACGGCAACAACGGGUCGCCUGGUGGCAACAACAACGGUCCUGGUAACAACAACAGCAACCAGAACCCCCAGCAGCAGCAAGGUCAACAACCGUACUUUGUCUCGUCCACUAGUGGCGCCGAAACCCACCAUCCUGACGAUAGCUCCAACAAUCCCGACCCGAACAACGGUAACGGUAACAACCAAAACGGCGGUUGUAAUAAUAACCAGCAGCAGCCAAACAACAUGAACAUGCAGUUUGGCCCUGGUGGUAUGAUGCCUAAUCAGUUUGCCCCCGGCGGUUGGGGCCCUGCUAUGCAGAUGGGCCAGCAAGGUGGAUUCUGGGGCAUGAACGAUAAUGCCGCGGCAGCGGCUGCUGCCGCCCAACACUUGCAAGCUGCUGCAGCUCUCACUGCUGGAAUGGAUGAACGUUCGCUUCCCCCGGCGCUGGCACCGUUGGCGUCAGUAGCAAGGCAAAUGAACGGCAUGUUAGGUGGACCCCAAGGAAUGAACGGAGGCAUGGGAGGCAACAUGAAUAACAACGGUUGCAACUCGGGUCCACCGCAGAAUGGAGGAAACAAUGGCAGCAUGAACCAGCAGAGCAACAACGGUGGCGGCAUGAACAGCAAUGGCAGCAUGCAGAAUGUUCCGAACAUUACGAAUCACGUUCGUGGAAGAAGAGGCGAUCCUCCGGCGGGUCCGCCCACAAGCGUGGCAAUGGCUGGCAUCAUGAUGGAUGGCUCAUCUCCAAACCAAGGCACGGUCAAGAAGAUGAGAAUGAAACAGGGAGUCUAUGAAGAGGACGAGGAGAAUUGAUUCCCGUUGCUUUUGGCUGCACUGUUUCUGACGGCUGUGGCUGUCGGUCAUGGUGCUCGAUCUUGCAUACGAAGGAUGGAUCUUCACGAGGGUGGAAUCCAUCGUACAUAUUACUACAUGUCGGUGCGAUACAUGAUGAUGGCGCUUGCUCAUGGUGGGCUUACAAGAGUGAAAUCUGGUUCGACCGAGCGUCUUUGAGUUUAUCGACACAUGGUUGCGUGUUGAUGGUGUGGGCUUGCCAAAAUGAAAUGAAUUGGUUCUGAGAAACAAUCAUUGGCUGGCCGACCAUUUUUAUCUAUACAUGUUUGCGUGUGGGUGGUCUCGACGAGGGUGGAACCGCUCUGCAUGUUCAACAAAGAAAAGAAAGAAAAAAUGUAAUCUGUGUUUUGUGGAAAGCUCUCUGUAGCCUGCCGGUAGUCAUUACUAGCUAGUAGUUUAUUAGUAACCAUUACUCAGUCGUUGGCACAAGGUAGCCAUGCGAUUCGUUCUCGGCCGAGGGCAAUUGGGCCGGUGGUCCCCCCCUUUUAGCAGUGCGUGGGUUUAUGGAGAUUGAUCAUUCGGUGUGGUUUGGGGGAUCUUUCCGCUGCUUAUUUCUUAAAAAAUCAAACAUACGGUACCGGCAGAUGGCCCUGUCACAAAGAUUUUAAGGGGGUUUUAGAGUAGGGAAAUUGUCUACGGAAGCCAGCC